GGUAGUUUUCAAAGCCCCCUUUCCCGUAAUCCCUACCUCCCUCGGCCUUAUCUUACAACGAGAGAAUCAGCUGAGCACGCGAUAUCAAACGCGUUGAUAUUCAAAGUAUCGUGCAAAAGGGUUGGAAAUCAUUCUCGAUCGCGAGGGCCAUAGAUUCUACCCGUAUAUAUUUUAAAUUUCCUUCCACUAUCAACUGUAACCUCGAUCAAUUCAAGAUGCCACCAAAGAGGAAAGCUGCUAGUGGCGAUAACCCCGACGCCGGUUCUCCUCAAAGGUCGCCAAAUCAAGCGGAAACACAAACCCAAAGUCAGGUGCACAAGCCGAAACGGCAAAUAAAGACCGAAGCAUCAAAUUUUCAAACCCUGAACUAACCCGGCUUUUUCCAGCUGUCUAAGAAACCUGCAUAUGUUAUUCUUGAUUGGCAAUCCACAGAUUAUGCUAACAACGAUGACGAUAAAGACGGUGAAGCUGGGACUGAAGAUGAAGGCGAAGGUGAGAAGAGUGGCGAGAAUAGUGACGAUGGCCAGUUCGCACUCAACGCCUGGGAUGACAAAGGCAAAUCGGUAAAGGAAGAAGAUUUGGAUCUUCCGGAGCCAGGAGAGGAACUCGGUGAAACAUGGUGUGCCAGGGUUUCUGAUAUAGGCUUUCCAAUAUCUGAAGAGGGGAUGAAGCUUGCUCAAAAUUUUGAUGGAGAACAGGACAAAAGACGCCCAAAUUCUUCAGCCGCAUUUAUGUUCAACGAUCUUACCGGUUAUGUAUUCUCAGAGGCCAUUGAAAACUUUCUAAAAGACUUUGUUCUGGACAUUCAUAAGAAAACAGUUAGUCCCUUUACAAAAUGGUCUUAUAUUGAAGUUUUGGCGAUAUUCUUCAAAGCUGGAGAUCCAUUGAUGUGGAUGAGUAUUUUUAUUAUCUUUGUCUCCUUCCGAGAAUUAGGAUCGUCUUUCUCUUCCCCUCUUCCCAUUUCGUUUGCCUUCCCUUGAAAAUUAGUGUUUUCAUGAUCAAGCUGGCUGACUAUCUCAAUUAGAUGUGGAUGAUGCAGAUGGUUUGAGAGAAAUUUGCGAUAUGAUGGGAACGACGAUUCUCACAUCUUUUGAAAUGCUUUCGGGACAUGAUCUUUUCACCGCAGAUUCCGAGAUCAAGAACAUACCCAUCAUUUGCCUUAUCUUUCUAGAAUUCUUCGACAAUACCGCUACAGAUCUUGACUUGAAUUGCCAAUGCGAAAUUCUUCAAUUAUGUGAUGAAGCGGGCAUUGAUCUGACAAAGCAGGUAAAAAAGCAAGUGCAAAUCUCUGAGAAAAAGAUUAAUGGGUGGAGGGAAAAAUACAAAUCAAAGAAAGAAGAUUUCCCAGAGGCAGAUGGUGGGAAUGGGUACAAGUUUUGGGCGGAAAAAAAAAUUGGAAACUAAAGGAUGACGUAAAGCUGAAUCCCAAGUGGAAUCAAAUGGAGAGACAGUGGUUUAGAUGGGACUGGAAACUUGAGGUACAUAGACGAAAUUCUCCCAAAUUCUUGAACGUAAUCAAAUUGCCUACUAACCAUGAUUAAAUGGUACAAAAAAUUCAAAAAGAAUCAUCCAGGGGGUGACUACUAUACUCAUCAACGUGGGGCUGCAUGGGAACUGGAUGAACAGUUACAUGAGAUGUAUUCCGAGACUUCAAGUGACUUGGACUGAAUAUCGGUGGACCAAGAUAUUACAAGAAUGUAAAUUCU